AUGGAACACAUCAACCAGACUUUUGAGCAGUGCAAGGCCCGCGGCAGGCCAGCGCUUGUCACAUAUGUCACUGCCGGCUACCCCAAGGCCGAGGACACGCCCGGUGUCAUGUUGGCCAUGGAGAAGGGUGGCGCCGACAUUAUCGAGCUCGGUGUCCCUUUCACUGACCCCAUUGCCGACGGACCAACAAUCCAGACUGCCAACACCAUCGCGCUCAAGAACCGCGUCACCCUCUCCUCAGUACUCCAGAUGGUUCGUGACGCAAGAAAGCUUGGCCUGAAGGCCCCCGUCAUGAUGAUGGGCUACUACAACCCACUCCGCGCGUACGGCGAGGCGAAGCUGCUGCAGGACUGCAAAGAGGCCGGCGUCAACGGCUUCAUCCUCGUCGACCUGCCGCCCGAGGAGGCUGUUUCUUUCCGCAAGCUCUGCACCGUUGCCGGGCUCUCAUAUGUACCCCUGAUUGCGCCGGCAACGUCUGACGCUCGCAUGCGACUCCUCUGCCAGCUCGCCGACUCCUUUAUCUACGUCGUCUCACGGCAAGGUGUCACGGGCGCGACGGGAACUCUCAACACGGCGCUACCGGAGCUGGUGGCUCGGGUAAAGAAGUACAGCGGAAACAGGCCAGCGGCGGUGGGCUUUGGAGUCUCGACCCGGGAGCACUUCCUCUCGGUCGGUGGGCUGGCGGACGGAGUCGUGGUUGGCAGCCAGAUCAUCACGACGCUAGCCAAGGCCGAGCCCGGCAAGGGCGAGGAGGCGGUGCGGGAGUACUGCGCCUAUCUGUGCGGGCGGGCUUCGGCCGACGACGUCGCCGAGGUGACAGCCGCCCCGGCGGCAGAUCACGGCGAGAAGGCCAAGACAGGAGACGAGGUUGGCGCCAAGAUCUCGGGCAGCAGCGCGGGCCAGGGCGAGAACGACGCGGACCUGGUUGCGCAGCUCGCGGCCAUGCACGGCAAGAUCCCCGACCGAUUCGGCGAGUUCGGUGGCCAGUACGUACCCGAGUCGCUGAUGGACUGCUUGUCGGAGCUGGAGGAGGGCUUCAACAAGAUCAGCAACGAUCCGGCGUUCUGGGAGGAGUACAGGUCUUACUAUCCUUACAUGGGCCGGCCGGGCCAACUGCACCUCGCGGAAAGGCUGACGGAGCACGCCGGCGGCGCCCGGAUCUGGUUGAAGCGGGAGGACCUGAACCACACGGGCAGCCACAAGAUCAACAAUGCGCUCGGGCAGCUGCUGCUCGCACGGAGGCUGGGCAAGACGCGCAUCAUUGCCGAGACGGGCGCUGGCCAGCACGGUGUCGCGACGGCGACGGUGUGUGCAAAGUUCGGAAUGGAGUGCACCGUCUACAUGGGCGCCGAGGACGUGCGGCGGCAGGCCCUCAACGUGUUCCGCAUGCGGCUUUUGGGCGCAAAGGUCGUCCCCGUCGAGGCGGGCACCAAGACGCUCAGAGACGCCGUCAACGAGGCCAUGAGGGCCUGGGUUGUGGACCUCGACACGACGCACUACAUCAUCGGUUCGGCCAUUGGACCGCAUCCUUUCCCCACCAUUGUGAGGACAUUCCAGUCCGUCAUCGGCAACGAGACAAAGGAGCAAAUGAUGAAGCUGAAGGGCAAACUGCCCGACGCCGUGGUGGCGUGCGUCGGCGGCGGCUCCAACGCCGUCGGCAUGUUCUACCCCUUCAGCAACGACCCGAGCGUCAAGCUGCUGGGCGUCGAGGCGGCAGGCGACGGUGUCGAGACGCUGCGGCACAGCGCAACCCUCUCGGCCGGCACCAAGGGCGUGCUUCACGGCGUGAGGACGUACGUGCUGCAGGACGAGCACGGCCAGAUCACCGACACGCACUCGGUGUCGGCUGGUCUCGACUACCCGGGUGUGGGUCCCGAGCUGGCAAACUGGAAGGACAGCGACAGGGCCAAGUUCGUCAACGCCACGGACGCGCAGGCCUUUGAGGCCUUUAGGCUCAUCAGCCAGCUCGAGGGCAUCAUCCCGGCGCUCGAGUCGGCGCACGGCAUAUACGGCGCCAUCGAGCUGGCAAAGACGAUGGGCAAGGACGAAGACGUCGUCAUUUGCCUCAGCGGACGUGGUGACAAAGACGUACAGAGCGUUGCGGAUGAGUUGCCAAGGAUCGGUCCCGUUAUCGGAUGGGACCUUAGGUUUUAA